AUGGCGGAUCGCACCGGCAGGCGCAGGAGGUCUAGUAGCAUACUCCAGGUCCACUACGAGCCGCCCGAGACUCUCGAGCAGAUAAGUGACCAGGCCGUCGUGCCCAACCUGAAUGCCAACUGGGUCAACGCCAAAGGUGAGCCAGUGCCACUGCCUUCCCCUCCGUCGUCCUGCACCUCUGAGCUCUCUCACCAAUCUUCUUUUCCGCCCGCAGGUGCCUGGACCAUCCACUUUGUCCUCAUUGCUGGACUCAAGAUUUUCUACGACAUCAUCCCCGGCGUAUCCCAGGAGACGUCAUGGACACUCACCAACAUCACCUACAUGGUCGGCUCGUACAUCAUGUUCCACUACGUCCGUGGCAUCCCCUUUGAGUUCAACGGCGGAGCCUUCGACAACCUCAACAUGUGGGAGCAGAUCGACGAUGGCGCCCAGUACACUCCCGCCAAAAAGUUUCUUCUCAGCGUGCCCAUCAUGCUCUUCCUGCUGAGCACCCACUACACACACUACGAUCUCGCAUACUUUAUCAUCAAUUUCAUGGCCCUCUUGGCGGUCGUCAUUCCGAAGCUCCCCUUUAGCCACCGCAUGCGCGUCGGCCUCUUUCAGAGCAGCACGCCCGACGAGUAG